AUGGAAGUGCUAGCCGAUGAGGUGUUCCCAGACGGGGAACAGAGGGAUUGGGAGGAGAGUGGUUCCGAAGAAGAAGCUCCCUCUACUUCCGGGAGCUCCGGGGUACGAGAGGUAGACGGCGAGGGAGCCGCCUCCUCUAAUGAAGCUGGCGAUGCUGAGGCCGGCCAAGGGUCAAGGGCCGAAUCUUCCGACUCUGACCAGGACAAUUUUGCGGCUGACUAUCAGCAGCCGCCCAAGGUCGCUGACAACCCUAACCCUAAAAGGACCCGGAUGCUGUCGGACGAAGCCUUGAGAAUGGUUGAUCAGGCAAAGACUCCGGCCAAGUCUGCGGCGCUGCUGCGCAAAGAGGCUGCGCUUGCCAAGAAAGUAGCCGUCGAGGCUAAGGAUUCCAAAAAAGGCGGGGAGUCCGUCAAAAAGAUUCCACGAUCCUUCUCCAAGCUGCUCAAAAGGCAAGGAGAUGAUCUGGAGAAGACUCCGGCUGCGAAAGCCGCCAGGAAGGACCCUCCUCCACCCCAGAAACAAACAUCUGCCCAAUCCAGUCGUCCAACGACUGGGGUCAAAUCCCCUGUUGUGUUGAGAAAAUUGAGCAAAAGCUCGGAACGCUCGCAGCAGAAAGCGCCGGAUGCCUCUACGGCAUCGAAGGGUGGUGAUCCACCCAAUGUUGCAAGUGGUGCGGCAACGCCUGGGGAGGAGCAGAAGCCGGAGACCCAUCUAGAAGCCCAAGGUAAGGGACGGAUUGAAAUACCUUGGCCACUUGAUUUUAUGAGAAUCAAGACCAAGGUCGAUCCCUCUAAGGGGUCGGUCAGCAGCCGGCAAAAGAUGAAUGUCGACUACGCUGCCUCUAUCUCACAGAGUACUACUUUUGAUGCAGAUCUGACUUCUGACGAGCCGAAUCUUGCGAGCUUUGCAAAACGGAUGGUGAUGCUGAGAGUAGACGGCCUCCGGGGCCCCUUUAGGCGGAAACAGGAAGAGGAGGAGAUGAUCCGGAGUUUGACGGCUGCAAACGAUGAAGCUAACAGCCGGGCUGAUGACCUUGACAAGCAACUGAAGGAUGCCAAAUCAGAUCUCAAGGCAUUAGAGGAUGCUGACAAGGAAAAUGCCCAACUCCGAGCAGACGUUAACCGCCUGGGUGUUGAGCUUGUCAAUCUGCGAAACAAGCAGUCGGACGAGCUUGCCCAGGAACAAAAACCGCUGACAGAAGAGAAUGAGCGGGACAACUUAGCCCGGCUGAAGAUCACCUGGAGCCUCCUUUACCCAGAAAUAGACUUUGAAGUCUAUAAGUUGAGGUAUGAUUACGCCUCUGAGGUGUAUGAUGCCCAGCUACUGGGUGAUGCUCCCCCUCCUCGCUUCAAGGAUUGGGCUGCUGAGCAGGGAUACGAUGUCUCUGAUACUGAGGAGCCGCCGGAUGGGCAUAACGAAGGCCAAACUAGCCAAACUCAGCCGGAGCAGCCACCUUAG